UGCAAAACAAUCUAAUUAAGUCAAUUCCAUCCCACACCAGCUCUCUUAUAUUAUCAAAAAAUUGUCUAUGAUCUUCUUUUCCCAUGGAUCAUAAUCAUAUAUGACCGUUCGGCGUUUCACCAGUGUUUGAGAAGAAGAUGGAUGCAGAGAAAAAUAUGAUAGAGAAUGGAGAGACAGAAAGGAAAGAGAUUAAGAAGAAGAAGAGGGAGGUUGGAGGGAUUAAACCAAUUCCAUUCAUCCUUGGGAAUGAAAUAAGUGAGAGAUUUGCGACGACUGGGUUCCAAACCAACAUGAUAUCAUACCUAACUCAAAAGCUGAACUUGCCACUGGUGCAGGCUUCCAACACCCUCACCAAUUUUAAUGGCACGGCCGGUUUCACUCCGUUGAUCGGUGGACUCAUUGCCGACGCUUUUGUCGGUAGAUAUUGGACCAUAAUCCUCGGUUCCUCUAUCUAUACUUUGGGAUUGGUGAGCAUAAUCAUAUCGGCAGUCCUACCAGGACUCCGCCCUCCGCCGUGCCCAACUCAAGUGGACUGCAAGGAAGCCUCAACCUUUCAGCUAUCGAUCCUCUAUAUUUCUCUCCUCCUCACAUCUCUCGGAUUAGGUGGCAUCAGACCUUGUGUGAUCACCUUUGCUGCUGAUCAAAUCGGCAUGUCAAAGGCAGAAACAGAGUCUAGGAGCUGGAAUUUCUUCAACUGGUACUAUUUCUUCUUAGAUUUAGCGACACUCAUUGCUAUAACAUUCCUUGUUUAUGUUCAAGACAAUGUGAGUUGGGGUUGGGGUCUUGGAAUUCCUACCAUUUCCAUGGCUUUGUCUAUUGUGGUCUUCAUUAUUGGCUCUCGUUUUUAUAAGAAAGAGAACCCAGAAGGGAGUCCUUUGGUUAGAUUGGUUCAAGUGAUUGUUGCUUCUGUGAGUAAGAGAAAAGAAGUUGUGCCAGAAGACUCAACUUUGUUGUACACAAAUAAAAACCUUGAUGCUUCUAUUUCUUCCAAUGGAAGGCUUGUACACACCAAUGAUUUCAAGUGGCUUGACAAAGCUGCGGUAGUAACAGACUCAGAUCAAACACACUCACCAAAUCAAUGGAGGCUAUCCACAGUGCACCGAGUCGAAGAGCUCAAAUCCAUCGUCCGAAUGUUACCCAUCUGGGCAUCCGGAAUAUUACAAAUUGCUGCAUAUUCCCAUCAAGAAAGUUUUAGCAUUCAACAAGGUCGAACAAUGGAUCGUCACCUCACCCACUCAAACUCAUUCCAAAUCCCUCCUGCAACCAUGCAAGUCUUCGAUGUUUUCACAGUGCUCAUUGGCCUUCUGUUAUACGAGCGACUAUUCGUGCCCUUCGCUCGUCGUUUCACUAGAAACCCUACAGGCAUCACAUGCCUGCAGAGAAUCGGUAUAGGCUACACGAUUUGCAUUUUGGGUACUGUUGUUGCGGCUUUGGUAGAGAUUAAAAGGAAAUCAGUGGCUGCAGAUUAUAAUUUGCUUGAUAAACCGGUUGCGACUAUACCUAUAAGUGUGUUUUGGUUGGUUCCUCAGUAUUCGCUUCAUGGAAUAGCUUUGGUUUUCUUCAAUGUUGGGAAGUUGGAGUUUUUUUACGAUCAGUCGCCAGAGAGCAUGAGAAGCACGGCGGCAUCGUUCUACUGGAUAGCAAUUGCACUUGGGAAUUACGCAGGUACGUUGAUAGUAUCGUUGCUUCACGACUACACAAGCAAAAAGAGCAAUUGGAUACCAAAUCGAAAUCUCAAUAGGGGCAAAUUGGAAUACUACUACUUGUUUGUGUCGGGACUACAAGUUAUUAAUCUCAUUUAUUAUUUCAUAUGCACUAUGUUCUAUACUUACAAGGCCUUGGAAGAGGUUAGUGAAGAAGCUUGUGAAGAUAGAUGUGCGGAAUUGGCCAAUAUCUCAUCUAGGCCUGUGGAGGAAGGUCAUGGUAAUGGAGAAACAUUGAUGUAACAUAGAAUUUUAAACAAAAUAAAAUCAAGACAAUUAUUAGGGUGUUUGUUACCGCUUAAAUGACAUUUUUAUAACUUAUUUAAUUUUAGAGUUUGUACCAAAC